GAGCUGGAGCGGGUGCAGGUGGAGGAGCAGGAGGCCGUUGAGCAAAGGACCAUGAUGCUUGGACCCACCGCAGUCGGUGGUACGGGCCACAGCGGUCUGGCUGGGUUUUCUGCUGCUGUGCCUGUCCUCACGCCGGUUCAGAAGUGA